AUGAGAAGGGGACUCCAGCCGGCGGCCCUAGCAGCGCAGCCACCCGCACCUUCCAUGGACUCCCGGGUGACCCCCGCCAGCUUCCCAGCCCACUUCGCCGCUGGCACCUUCAUCCAGAUCCGCAGCGGCGCGGCGGCAGCGUCCUGUGUCUCCUCCUCCUCCCAGGUUCCCGGUGUCUUUGCCCUCACUGCGGAGGGGGGUCAGCCCGCUGGCGGCUCCCUGUACUGCACCCCGCACGGACCCGCCGGCAGGACGGCGCUGCUGCAGCCAGCACUAGGAGGAGGCGGAGGCCGCCCCCCGGCAAAGCGAAGGCUGGAACUAGGAGAAAGUGGUCACCAAUAUCUUGCUGAAGGAUUAAAAACCCCAAAAGGAAAAGGAAGAGCUGCAACAAGAAGUCCAGAUAGUCCAAAAACUCCAAAAUCUCCUUCAGAAAAGACUCGGUAUGAUACAUCACUUGGUCUUCUCACGAAGAAGUUCAUUCAGCUGCUGAGCCAGUCCCCAGAUGGGGUCGUGGAUUUGAACAGAGCAGCAGAGGUCCUCAAGGUGCAGAAACGGAGGAUUUAUGAUAUCACCAAUGUACUGGAAGGCAUCCAUCUCAUUAAGAAGAAAUCCAAAAACAACAUUCAGUGGAUGGGCUGCAGUCUAUCUGAUGAUGGGGGCACGCUGGCACAGUGUCAAGGCCUGUCAAAGGAGGUGACUGAACUCAGUCAGGAAGAGAAGAAACUGGAUGAAUUGAUCCAAAGUUGCACCCUGGACCUCAAGUUGCUAACAGAGGAUUCAGAGAAUCAGAGAUUAGCUUAUGUUACAUAUCAAGAUAUUCGAAAAAUUAAUGGCCUUAAAGACCAAACCGUUAUAGUUGUGAAAGCACCUCCAGAAACCAGACUUGAAGUGCCUGACCCAGUGGAGCAGAAUGCGCUGAUCCAUUUAUCUAGUACCGAAGGACCUAUUGAGGUUUAUCUAUGUCCAGAAGAGAAUGACAGCCUCAGUCCUAUUAAAACAUACAAUCAGGACCACAACGGAAAUAUCUCAAAAACAAUUUCCAAAGAUCUGGCUUCUGGUAACUCAGGACAAGGGGACUGCUCGGUAAACAUGGCAAACCUCUCUCCAUUGGCUUCUCCAACCAACCUUUUGCAGCAAACAGAGGACCAAAUUCCCUCCAAUUUCGAAGGGCCGUUUGUGAACUUGCUGCCUCCUCUGCUUCAGGAAGAUUACCUGCUGAGCCUUGGGGAAGAAGAGGGCAUCAGUGAUCUUUUUGAUGCUUAUGAUUUAGAAAAGCUUCCCUCAUUGGUGGAUGAAUUUAUAUACAGCUGA